CCGAGCUGGGGACGAGCGGGGCGCCGGGCGGGCGGGGCGCCGGGCGGGCGGGGAUCGCGAAGGCCGCGAGGCCCGGCUGAGUCGAGGUUCCGAGUUUGCGGGUCCCAGGCCCGGCCCGAGCUCUACCCUGCAGGUCACUGGAGCCACCAGCCGUUUGGAGCUGACCGACUGCAGAAGGGGAAGUGGACAGUGAGGCCCAGGCCCCGCGGGGCCGAUGGCCGGCAGACGGCUGCACCCGUGCGGCAUGCGGGCUUUGCUCGGUGCGCUGCUGGUGGUGGAGGUGGUGUCUGGGGCCGGGGGCCUGUCUACAGGGGCCCACGGGAGCCCGCCGUUCCCAGCCUUAAGUUUGAACCAGACCCCCAUAGAAGACUGUCGCGCCGUGUGUGGCCUGAACGCCUCUGACCGCUGUGACUUCAUCCGGACCAACCCCGACUGCCGCAGCGGAGGGGGCUACUUGGACUACCUGGAAGGCGUCUUCUGCCACUUCCCUCCUGCCCUCCUCCCUCUGGCCGUCACCCUCUAUGUUUUCUGGCUGUUUUACCUGUUUCUGAUUCUGGGCGUCACCGCGGCAAAGUUUUUCUGCCCCAACCUGUCGGCCAUCUCCACCACCCUCAAGCUGUCCCACAACGUGGCAGGUGUCACCUUCCUGGCCUUUGGGAACGGCGCACCUGAUAUCUUCAGUGCCCUGGUGGCGUUCUCCGACCCACGCACAGCGGGCCUGGCCCUUGGGGCGCUGUUUGGCGCGGGCGUGCUGGUGACCACGGUGGUGGCCGGGGGCAUCGCCAUCCUGCACCCCUUCACGGCCGCCUCCAGGCCCUUCCUCAGGGACAUCGUUUUCUACAUGGUGGCCGUGUUCCUGACCUUCACCGUGCUCUUCCGCGGCAGGGUCACGCUGGCGUGGGCCCUGGGUUACCUGGGCUUGUAUGUGUUCUACGUGGUCACUGUGAUCCUCUGCACCUGGAUCUACCGGUGGCAACGGAGAAGAUCCCUGGCCUCCUCGGUGCCGGGGACCCCGGAAGUCCCCUCGGACGCCGAGGAGGACCGGGCGUCUUCCAACACCAACAGCUAUGACUACGGGGAUGAAUACCGGCCGCUGCUGCACCAGGAGACCACGGCCGAGAUCCUGGCCCACGCCCUCAACCCCCUGGACCUCAGGAAGUGGAGGAGCAAGUCCACCUACUGGAGGGCCCUCAAGGUGUUCAAGUUGCCCGUGGAGUUCCUGAUGCUGCUCACGGUCCCCGUCGUGGACCCGGACAGGGACGACCGGAACUGGAAACGGCCCCUCAACUGUCUGCACCUGGUCAUCAGCCCCCUGGUCCUCGUCCUGACCCUGCAGUCGGGCGUCUAUGGCGUCUACGAGAUCGGCGGCCUCCUGCCCGUCUGGGCCGUGGUGGUGAUCGCAGGCACAGCCCUGGCUUCCGUGACCUUCUUUGCCACGUCCAACCGCAAGCCCCCCAGGCUGCACUGGCUCUUUGCUUUCCUGGGCUUCCUGACCAGCGCUCUGUGGAUCAACGCGGCCGCCACGGAGGUCGUGAACAUCUUGCGGUCCCUGGGCGUGGUCUUCCGGCUGAGCAACACCGUGCUGGGGCUCACACUGCUGGCCUGGGGGAACAGCAUCGGAGACGUCUUCUCGGAUUUCACACUGGCGCGCCAGGGCUACCCAAGGAUGGCUUUCUCGGCCUGCUUCGGUGGCAUCAUCUUCAACAUCCUCGUGGGCGUGGGGCUGGGCUGCCUGCUCCAGAUCUCCCGGAGCCACGCGGAGGUGAAGCUGGAGCCGGACGGGCUGCUGGCCUGGGUCCUGGCGGGCGCGCUGGGGCUCAGCCUGGUCUUCUCCCUGGUGGCCGUCCCGCUGCAGUGCUUCCAGCUCAGCAAAGGCUACGGCUUCUGCCUGCUCCUGUUCUACCUGAGCUUCCUCCUCGUGGCCCUGCUCACCGAGUUCGGAGUGAUUCACCUGAGAGGCGCAUGACCGAAGCCGCCUGGUGGGGUGGCCUCGCCGCAGGGGACCCUCGGCCCCCCGCCAGGGGAGGACAGGGGACCAGCCCGCCCGUGAGUGGGCGCGGGCUCCUGUGGUGGCUCUGGGGCUCUCGCUGCCAGCCUGAUGUCGCUGCUGUGCGCGGGAGGACCGCUGCGUCCCUUGAGCUGCCAGCACCCCACCGGCUCAUUGCUGGACUUCGGAGAUGGCUUUGCCCCGGCCGCGGGUCCGGACGGAAGCUCUCCGAGGCCGCCUUCAGUCACCGCCAGAGCUCUCUGGGGACGGCGGGGUAUGGGGAAGGGGCGGCAUGGCGGGCAGCCUCGUGCUGGAGCCCCCUGGCGUGUCAGGGUCGCAACACCUGCGCAGACGCAGGCUCUGCCCGACCCCUCACUGGGCCUGUGGUGCCACCUCCUCAGGGCGCAAGUGGCCGCCCAACCCUGACUCAGGGAACCAACCGGGUGACAGGACCCCCAGGCCUCAGGCCACCGAGGCUGAGCUCCAGGG